AACCAAGUCCCACGAAACAAACAAAGCAGCGAGCAAAUUCACAGCACAGGUUUACUAGGAACCAGGGUUUUGCAGAGGUUUUCACUUUUCUUGGUUCCAAUUGAGAGAACAAAGAAAUGGCAGCUAAAAUUGCAGCAAGAUCUUCUUUUCUUCGUCCAAUUUUCAGAACAGCAACAAGAACCGGAAUCCCAUUUUCAGUUCCAAAUCCUUCACUUCGCUCCAAUUUCACUCUUCAUCAGACCCGGGUUUCUCCUCCCUCUCUUUCUCGAUUAGUUCGACGAGAACUAAGCACUCUUCAACCGGUUCACAGUGCGGUUGCAUCGGCUUGCCUUGUUUCCAAGCUUCCCCGUGAUGCCAACAGUCGUGCUGAAGGUAGAUUUGCUAAUUAUCUCAGUCCCAUCUAGUAGCAAGUGCUUGUGGAGGUUGGAGCUUACUCGUCUCAAUCCAUUGGUGCUGCUUACUUCAUUUCAUAAAUCAGAAUUCAGCUUUCCAGGGAUCAAUUGGCUGAAUGUGUUUAUUUACCCACCUUUAAUUAGUAUCUGGUUUUAACUUACUCUUGAAAUUCUCUUUAGUUUGUAAUGGUUUUAACUUAUUUUGGUGGAUGCUUCUUUUGCUAAAAGUUUCUAUUAAUAUCGUCUGAUAGUUAGAGAAAUAAAUCCAUCAUGGUAUCCAGUUUUGACCUGUUGAUUAUGGUUAUGUUGGUGAGUGGCGAUAAUGUUUCAAAUUGGUGAAUAAAAAUGAGAUAAAUGUCUCUAUUGCCACUGUAAUUCUGCAGUCAGAAGUCUAUUCUUUGCAUCCUUUCAUGUUAUUGAAAUUAAUUGUGAGAAUAGUUCUAGAAAACUGCGCUCAUUUUUUAAGAAUUUUGAUUUUGACUGGCUUAAAGUUGGCUAAUGCUGUUUUCUAGAUGUUUAUCCCCGUGAUAUGAGGAUGGUAUGCUUGAUUUUAAAUCUUGGUCAUUUCUUUGGAAUUUUGUGUGGACUGUGGUGCCAUAAAAGAUCAUAAGGCACUAGAAAACUUAAUUUUUGUAUUAUUAGUUUAUAUAGCAUCACAGAAAAUGUAAUCCUAUGUGUGGAGUUUAAAAAAUUCUGAUAGAUAUUGCAAUAUUUAGUCGUUUUUAUUUUGUAAGUGGUUCGAGCUUGGACCUAAAAGGAGUUCUCCUUGGUUGUAAAUCAUGGCUGCACUAGAAUAUUGUAAUAGAGUAAAUACCAAGUUGUCUUGUAGUUGAUUGAACCUAAAUAGAAUUGUUCCUAAGAAUCAUCUUUUUAUCAGGUAGAUAUUUCAAAAUCUGAUCGUAAAAUAUAUACCUUUUGGGUAGUGAUAAAUGAUUCCGUUGUUGAAUCCAAAUGACAUUUGAAUUCUUCUCUUCAACCCAAUAUUGUUGAUUUAUUUAUCAUUUUAUUGCUCUUAUAUAAAUGCUUGAGUACACCUUAUCACAUGAUUCUUGUGAUGGUGGUUUGGUAAUUUGAGUUUCUAAGCUUUAUUGUGAAAGAGGGAUUCUUGGCAAAUUUCUUGGGAUCGAAUUUUCAUUGAGCCGAGCAUUUAAGGUUUGUCCUUGAUUUGUUGGAGGGAAAUGUGAUGGAGCUAAGAAUGCUGUACGUGGAGUUGCAACCACAACAUAUAUUGGUGCUUGUUAGGCAAGUUUUGUUGGCUAUGCUUGAUUUGGUUGCUUCCAGUAUUAAUUAUGGCGGAUUGCACAGAGUGUCAGCUUUGUAAGAGGAUAGAUGAUAAAGCUGUUAUACAGCUGAAUUGUAAAGUGCCUACACUUAGAUUAACCACUAAUUUCUCCUCUGGAGAUUGUGGUGACAAUGCGGGGUUUAAUAGAUGUAAUUGAGCUGUUUUUCAUUUUGUGGAAGGAGAAAAUAAAAGGCCACCACACGUUCAAAAUCCAUUUUCCGCAUAACUUUAUGACUUUAAAAUUGAUUAUUGAUUAACAAUUUGUGUUAUUUCUCUCUGAGUUUUUGCUUAACCAAUAAGUAGCAUUGAGUUUGAGAAUUUUCGAACUUGUUAGUAUCCCUGGCAUGGAGGACAGGGUAAAACCGUGUGAAACAAAUAGAGGAAGGUACUAUUAUUUCAUUGUAAAAGCUAACUUCUGUGUAAGUUGCUGCUGCUUUAAUUUACCACAGUCGCAGCCUUUCAAUAGCACGUGGGAUUCAGUUGCCAAUAUUAUGGAUGAUAUUUGUUUGUUUGUUCCCUGAUUUAUCUGCUGGUGGCUGUGGCUGAUGUUGAUUGUUUUAUCCUUAUUUUGUAAAAUGAAGAACACAGAAUGUAUCAAGACUGAAGGAACCUGCCUGCUAGGAGAACUGUAUGCAUUUACUUGGUAUGGCUGUACUCACGUCAUUUUAUGUUGAUCAAGGUGGUUUCAACUUGAGAAUCCAGGGAAAUUGUGAUAGAAUUGAGACAAAAAGGAGCCUUAAUUAGGGUGUUUUUUGAGAGUGAGCGAUAACCUUUUAAUGUUUCACAACCUUCAAGGGUUACGAGGCUGGUCUUGUAAUGGUCUUGUAAGGUAGUGUUUAGGGAAAUAUACAUGACCGUAGAUGUACAAAUAAAAAAUGAAUAGGAUCCAAAGAAAGGAAGGCGGUUGAUAUUAUCUUUCUUGCUGGUUCACUUCAAGUGCUUGACAGGCUUCCAACAGCAGCGACUUACCUGGUACAGCUUUCGGGAUCCAGGAAGGAGAGUAAAGGGCUAGCCACAAUAGAGGUAGUUGCAAAUGUGAGGACUUCAAACCCAUGGCAAUAUUGAAUUAGACUUAUCCUACCUAACAGCAUCAAUGCCCUCUUUGCAAAAGGUCAUAGAUAUUGCGACAAGAACUCGAUAAGGGAAAAAAAGAAAAACAAUUGCAAAAGAAAAUUUCCUUGCAGUUUGGUGGAUGAUGAAUCACCUCCCAUUUUAAUUC